AUGCUUUUGGACAUCGAGAGAAAGCUAUUCAGUAGAUCAGACCGUGUCAAGGGAGUCGACUUUCAUCCAACAGAACCUUGGUUGCUCACGGGCUUAUACAAUGGCGCGGUGAACAUUUACAACCACGAGACAGGCGCUAUCAUCAAGUCAUUUGAGGUGUCAGAAGUUCCAGUUCGUUGCGUACGCUUUAUUCCACGGAAAAAUUGGUUCGUCGCCGGUUCAGACGACUUCCAACUCCGCGUCUUCAACUACAACACGCAUGAGAAGGUCGCUGCCUUCGAGGCACACCCCGACUACAUUCGAUGUCUCACUGUUCACCCCACGGCGAGCAUUGUUCUUACGGGCAGUGAUGACAUGACAAUCAAGGCGUGGGAUUGGGACAAACAGUGGAGGUGUAUACAGACAUAUGAAGGUCACACACACUACAUCAUGAACAUUUCCGUCAACCCGAAGGAUCCGAACACCUUUGCGUCGUCAUGCUUGGACCGCACCGUCAAAAUAUGGUCUUUGGGCUCGUCUAACCCGAAUUUCACUCUGGAAGCACAUGACAAAGGUGUCAACUACGUCGACUUUUAUCCUGGAGCAGAUAAGCCGUACUUGGUCACUGCGAGCGACGACAGGACCAUCAAAAUCUGGGAUUACCUGAGCAAAAGCUGCGUACAGACCCUCGAGGGCCAUACGAAUAACGUGCUCUUCGUCGCCUUCCAUCCAAACCUUCCAAUCAUUAUCAGCGGUGGUGAGGACGGGACGGUGAAGAUCUGGAAUAGUGGAACAUAUCGCCUGGAGAACACGUUGAGCUAUGCGCUCGAGCGGGCCUGGUGCAUCGCUAUUCGCAAGACGUCGAACGAGAUUGCAGUCGGUUACGACGAGGGUAUCGUCGUUAUCAAGCUCGGCCGGGACGAACCCACCUACAGCAUGGACCCCUCUGGCAAACUGAUCUACACGCACAACAACGAGGUGCUAUCAGCAAACCUUCAGACUAUCCAAGAUGAUGUAAUCGCAGAGGGCAAUCGGAUUCCACUCUCGAUCAAAGAGUUAGGAACGACCGAGAUCUACUCGACGUCGCUCAACCAUUCACCGAAUGGGCGCUUCGUGACUGUGGUAGGUGACGGGGAGUACAUCGUCUACACUGCACUUGCUUGGCGGAACAAAGCAUUCGGGAACGGAAACGCAUUUGCAUGGGCGGGAGAUUCCAACACAUAUGCUGUUCUCGAGGGUAAGACCAAGGUCCGGGUCUAUAAGAAUUUCCGAGAGCGUGGCGGUGCUGGUAUAAAAGGUGUCGGUUCGUGGACCAUCGACGGUCUUUACGGAGGUACAUUGUUAGCCGCGAGAGGCAGCGGGUUUGUGCUCUUCUGGGACUGGGAGACAGGAGAGGUAGUCCGCAGAAUUGAGGUUGAUGCCACAAAUGUCUUCUGGUCCGGCACGGGCACAUUGGUUGCAAUUGCCUCAGAAGAUUCAUUCUAUAUCCUCAGAUUUGACCGUGACGCCUACAUCACUAAGUUGGAGGAAGGCGGUGAGAUCGGCGACGAAGGAGUAGAAGAAGCUUUCGAGCUGGUUGCGGAAGUGCAAGAGGGCGUGAAGACUGCGAAAUGGGUUGGCGACUGCUUCAUUUUCACUACGAGCAACCGAUUGAACUACUUUGUGGGCGCCGAGUCUUACACAAUUACUCCCUUCGACACGCCAUUGUACCUCAUGGGCUACAUUCCAGCUCAUAAUCGCGUCUACCUCGCAGACAAGGAUAUGAACGUCUACAGCUAUUCUUUGUCGCUGAGCCUUGUGGAGUAUCAGACAGCUGUGCUGCGAGGCGAUAUGGGUGCUGCAGCGGAAAUUCUACCAACCGUUCCCAAGGAACAAAGAACCAAGGUUGCGAUGUUCCUCGAAAGCAAAGGCUUAAAGGAGCUCGCUCUUCAAAUCACGACCGAUCCGGACCACAAGUUUGACCUCUCACUCCAGCUGGAUGACCUAGACGCAGCAGUGGAUAUUGCACGGUCUGUACCCGAGCUGGAAGCAGAGGCGAAGUGGAAAUCGAUCGGCGACCGCGCUCUGGCGGUGUGGCGAUUUGAUUUGGCCCGCGAGAGCUUCGAGAAAGCAGGAGACCUUAGUGCUCUCAUGCUCCUCCUCCUCGCUAUCGGAGAUCAGCACGGUUUGGCCAAGCUCGCCAGGACGGCAGAGGAGAAGGGCCAAAAUAACCUCGCGUUUGCCUCGUUGCUUCAGCUCGGGGAUCCGAAGGCGUGUGUUGACUUGCUUGUCAAAACUCAUCGGGCGCCAGAGGCCGCCAUGUUUGCGCGGGCAUACACGCCGAGCAAAGUUCCGGAAGUGGUGACAGCGUGGCGAACGGAGCUGCAGGCGAAGAAUAGACCAAAGCUUGCGUCGGCGAUCGCGGACCCUGCUGCGAACCCAGAUUUGUUUGAGGAGGGAUGGGAAGGGGCGUUAGACCGGGAACAGGCAGGACAGUCGCACCCUAUCCGUUUACCUCUUGUGAACGGCAAUUCAGAGCACGCUGAGUUACCAGAACCAGAGACCUCGUAG